UCGCGGGCGCUGGCCACGCCCCACUUUGUUCUCCGACCCGAUUCUGGGUCAGCUGGUGCCGGCGUCAGGCGGAGGGAUGGGCUGGCUCAGCUCGACCCGGCAGGGCUUGUUUACAAUGGCUGAUGAUCUGGAGCAACAGCCUCAAGGCUGGCUGAGUAGCUGGCUGCCUGCUUGGCGCCCUACUUCAAUGUCUCAGCUGAAGAAUGUGGAAGCCAGGAUCCUCCAGUGUCUCCAGAACAAAUUCCUGGCCCGAUAUGUGUCCCUUCCAAACCAGAACAAGAUCUGGACAGUGACUGUGAGCCCAGAGCUCAGGGACCGCACCCCCCUUGUGAUGGUGCACGGCUUCGGGGGUGGCGUGGGCCUCUGGAUCCUCAACAUGGAUUCACUGAGUGCCCGUCGCACACUGCAUACCUUCGACCUUCUUGGCUUCGGGCGAAGCUCAAGGCCAGCAUUCCCGAGGGACCCGGAGGGGGCCGAGGACGAGUUUGUGACUUCAAUAGAGACAUGGCGGGAGACCAUGGGGAUACCCAGUAUGAUCCUCCUGGGGCACAGUUUGGGAGGAUUCCUGGCCACUUCUUACUCUAUCAAGUACCCUGAAAGAGUUAAACACCUCAUCCUGGUGGACCCAUGGGGCUUUCCUCUCCGACCAACUGACCCCAGUGAGAUCCGUGCAUCUCCAACCUGGGUCAAGGCUGUGGCAUCUGUCCUAGGGCGUUCCAAUCCCCUGGCUGUUCUUCGAGUGGCUGGGCCCUGGGGGCCUGGCCUGGUGCAGCGAUUCCGGCCAGACUUCAAGCGCAAGUUUGCAGACUUCUUUGAAGAUGAUACUAUAUCAGAGUAUAUCUACCACUGCAAUGCACAGAAUCCCAGUGGCGAGACAGCAUUCAAAGCCAUGAUGGAGUCCUUCGGCUGGGCACGGCGCCCCAUGCUGAAGCGAAUUCACUUGAUUCGAAAAGAUGUGCCCAUCACCAUGAUCUAUGGGGCCAACACCUGGAUAGAUACCAGCACGGGGGAAAAGGUGAAGAUGCAGCGGCCAGAUUCCUAUGUCCGAGACAUGGAAAUUGAGGGUGCUUCGCACCAUGUCUAUGCAGACCAGCCACACAUCUUUAAUGCUAUGGUGGAAGAAAUCUGCGACUCAGUUGACUGAGUGGCUCUCCUGGAAGAAGAAGAGAAAGCCAGAGAGUUGCUCUUACCUCUGUCUGCUUACUCACCCCUUUGUCCUUUCCUCACCAACUAACAUGUGCCAGCCAGGCAGAGUCUUGGGCUGUCCCCACAGCAGGACCACAGGGAAAAGCACUCCUGACUCUACACCAGGGCUGGAGCUAGAAGCCACAAGGGGCCUCGAGCUCCCCACCUCUGGGAAGAACAUAAAGGGUUAUGUAGUGCCACCCAUUCUUUCCAUGCCAAGUGUCACCCAGAUGGUUGUGAAUGGAUUCCACCGAGCCAUGUUUCCUCCCUGUGCCAAAGGGAGGGAGGCUUCUCCUGCCCUGGGCAAAGGAGAGGCUCCCAGCAGCCUUUCCCAGCUCUGGAGUGUUUGUGGGAGUAGGUUCCAUGCAAGACCAUCUUCCUCUAUCACCCUCUGGUCCCCAUCCCAUUCCUUCCAUCCAGGGUCUAGUUGAGAACUGACUACCAACUACUAACUUCUUAACUACCAGGAGCAGGUCCUGGAGCUCCCUGGAAAUACUGAGUGCCUCCCAUGACCUGAGAGGUCACAGCCAAAGCUCUCAUUAGUGGGUGAGGAACAGGCCAGGGCAGGACAUGGCUGGCCUGUGGUGAUACCGCUCUGUUCCAGGAGAGCUAAGGCUAGAACCCAGGGCUGCUGGCACCCAGUGCUCAUUGCAGACUCUAUUUGCUAAGGUUCAAGGCAGACACCAUUGCCAUGGGGCUGGUCCUGGUCACUGGCAAAGGAGAAGACCAUCCUUGCCCUAUAUUCUAGCCCCAUUGCACAGGGAUGCUGUUGUCCUACUCUGUAUCUCAUCCCUGGCUGCCUAAGCUGGGGACAUGCAAGUGCUUCCUUCCCUGCCCCCUCUUCCCAUGUGGGAGAUAUCUGGGUCUCUCUCUCUGAUAGUGCCUUGGGCCCUGAAGCCCCACCUGUAGUAUAAAGCAAAGGUGGCCCCUGGUAGAGAUAAGGGAAAGGCCCUUCAGCCCCAGGACUGGGUCUGGAUUCUCCAUUCCCACUAGUAUCCAUGGGAUUUUCUACCUGCCCCCAGAGCUGAGGCCCACUGUGAGCCCCCUUGCCCAUGGUCCAGUGGGGAGCCUUAGGCCAGCAGUUCCCUGUCCUCAGCAGCCAGAGGAUAGUUCUCACUGCCUGGCCCUCCAUCCCUGCCAUCUGUCCUCAUGGUUUCAAGUUCAUCCCACCCCCAACCUCCCUGUCACUGUCUGCCAGGGGCUCCUUCCAGGUGCUGCUCUGAAGUUCUGGGCAGUAGGCUGGGCCUGGCCCCAGAACCAGGGCAGCUCCUGCCUGCUCCUUUUGUAAAGCCAACCCUUUCACCAGAAUUGUAUUAACUCCUGGUGCUUUAUACUCUGGUCCAGCUGCCUUGGGCCCCUUUUCUAUAUUAAUAAAGAAAUGAGUAAAAACUGCU